CCACCGUCUGGUGUGAUCUCUUUUGCUCUCUCCUCUCCGUGUGGGAAAACAAUAAUCCAAUCCCUCUUUCUUCUAUCUUCUUUUUCUUCUUCUUCUUUUCUUCUACUCUUCUGUACAAAUUUCAAAUCGUUACACCAUGACCGUGAUGACGCCUGCCGCCAUAGAUCAAGAAGAUGAGGAAAUGCUUGUGCCGCACUCGGAUUUGACUGACAAUCAUCAACCUAUGGAUGUUGUGGCACAACCGGAAACUGCAAAUAAUGCAGAGAAUCAGUCAGUGGAGGAUCCUCCCUCCUCGAGAUUCACAUGGAGGAUUGACAACUUCUCUAGGUUGAAUACAAAGAAGCAUUAUUCAGAUAUGUUUAUCGUCGGUGGUUAUAAAUGGCGUAUCCUUAUUUUCCCUAAAGGAAACAAUGUGGAUCAUUUAUCUAUGUACCUGGAUGUUGCUGAUUCAGCAAGCUUGCCAUAUGGGUGGAGCAGAUAUGCACAGUUUAGUCUGGCUGUGGUAAAUCAGAUCCAUAGCAAAUAUUCAGUGAGAAAAGAUACACAACAUCAAUUCAAUGCACGAGAAAGUGAUUGGGGUUUCACAUCCUUUAUGCCUCUUGGUGAACUAUAUGAUCCUAGUAGAGGGUAUCUUGUGAAUGAUACUUUGAUAGUUGAAGCUGAGGUUAUUGUUCGCAGAGUGGUGGAUUAUUGGACAUAUGACUCAAAAAAGGAAACUGGUUAUGUUGGACUCAAGAACCAGGGGGCAACAUGUUACAUGAACUCUCUCCUCCAAACUCUCUACCAUAUUCCAUACUUCAGGAAGGCAGUGUACCAUAUGCCUACAACAGAGAAUGACAUGCCAUCUGGAAGCAUCCCUUUGGCUUUGCAGAGUUUAUUUUAUAAGCUCCAGUAUAGUGACAGUAGUGUUGCAACUAAAGAGCUGACAAAAUCGUUUGGAUGGGACACUUAUGAUUCUUUCAUGCAGCAUGACGUUCAAGAACUUAAUAGGGUUUUGUGCGAAAAACUCGAGGACAAAAUGAAGGGGACUGUUGUAGAGGGUACUAUACAACAGUUAUUUGAAGGACACCAUAUGAACUACAUUGAAUGUAUCAACGUGGAUUACAAAUCGACAAGGAAGGAGUCAUUUUAUGAUCUUCAACUUGAUGUUAAAGGUUGUCGUGAUGUUUAUUCUUCCUUUGACAAGUAUGUAGAAGUUGAGCGUCUCGAGGGUGAUAAUAAGUAUCAUGCUGAACAAUAUGGGUUGCAGGAUGCUAAGAAGGGUGUAUUAUUCAUUGACUUUCCUCCUGUCCUUCAACUUCAGCUGAAGCGGUUUGAGUAUGAUUUUAUGAAGGACACCAUGGUUAAGAUUAAUGAUCGUUAUGAGUUCCCUUUGCAACUUGAUCUUGAUAAAGAUGAUGGAAAAUAUUUAUCCCCUGAAGCUGAUAGGACAGUUCGCAAUCUUUACACACUCCACAGUGUUUUGGUUCACAGUGGCGGGGUGCAUGGAGGACAUUAUUAUGCAUUUAUCAGGCCGACUCUCUCUGAUCAGUGGUAUGUUUUGUUCUUCUAACACUUUUGAUGGGCCAUAUUUGAGCGGUUUGGGAAUCAAUUGGGUGGAUGUACUUUUAACAGGUGUCAAAAUGGUUAUAGAAUUCCUGUCUGCUUUUGGCGGUACUAAUUAAAUUAGUGUUGUUUGGUUAACUUAAGAUUUGGAUUUAACGCAUUUACAACUCGACAGGGGAGAAUUUUGCCAUUGGAGCUACAAGGUUAUAGCAGCUUACAUUUUUCUUUUGUAAACAGCUAAUAGAUGUCAAUGGCACAUUACAUAUAUAUAAGAAAGUUAUAAUUGAUAGUUCUGCGGUGAACUUGGGACACCUUUUAUGUUUUCAGUUGAAUGAAUAGUUGGGCUUACAUGGGAGAAGUUGGUGUCUGAGAGAACUGCUU